AUGAGGCAGCGGCCAGAGCGACCGACGUUCCCAGUCUGCGUAGCGAUCAACGGCGAGAACAUGGGAGGGCUGAUGCGCUUCGUAAACCACUCGUGCCAACCGGUGGCGAAGUUCGUGGAAGUGGCCAACGGCCGCCGUACCACCGUGGUCGUGGCGUCGAUGCAAGACAUCCACCGCGGCGAGGAGGUGACAACGCCCAAGACCCGUGAGAGGGCCAAAGAGGGAGCAGGACGAGAGAGCAAGCAAGGUGAAGAGAGAGACCAGCGAGAAGGGGGAGGGAGCGAAGUGAAGGAGAUGCCCAAGCACUCUGGAACCACCAACUACUCGACGGCCGAUGUCGGCCGUCUCCUCACGCUCGUCGAGAAGAUGCUACCGCUCGGCAGGGACGAGUGGGAACGCCUCGCUAUGACGUACAACGCCAACAGGCCUCGAGGCUCACCCGAGCGAGACUUCGAGAGCUUACGGCGUAAGUUCAAGGUGCUUCACAGCACCCGGAAGCCGACCGGCGUGCAGGAGAUUCCCCCGCUCAUCAAGAAAGCCAAGGAGGUCAAGCGUGCCAUCGACGACAAGGCCAACGUCGUGGAGAUGGACGACGAGGCCGACAACGACCAGCCCGACUUCUACUUUGAAGUCGACCCGGACGACAGCUUCUACGAGGGCGGCGACGGCGAGGGCGAAGGCGAGUCGCCGGGCUCCGACGAGUCGGCCGAGGACGAGUCGACGGCUUUCAGCCGCUCAUCGAGCCGAGGCGCGUUACAAGACUUGCUCUCGUCGCCGCUGACCACCGAUGAUCUGGACGAGCUUGCACGCACGCCGCGUCCUGCUCAUGUCCGAGCAGCGCCAAGUACACGUCGUGCUGACUCGGGAGGGCUGCCGCCACCACGUAAGACGGCUGUUACUGCCCCCAGUAGUGAUGCUUCACAGCAGCCAUCGACUCAAGGUGCCGCCGCUGUCACCAACCGCGAUGCCGCCGAAGCGGCCAAUUACCCCAAGCUCCACAAGACGUCGAACCGUCUCGGAGGCGUGGACUUGGCCGGCUUUCGCGACACGGUGGGCGCCAAGCGCGCUCAUGAAGAAGACAAACACACGGCGGAAGCUAGUUACGCCAAAGCUAAGCGCAUCCGUGCCAUGAAUGCAACAACAGCUCUCAAGACAAACAACAUGCGAGGAGGCAUCCUCGAGACGCUUCUGCUGCUCCGCGAAGAGAGCGAGCGGAAGGUUGACGCCCGUCGCGCCGAGGAAGAUCAGCGCCGUCGAGACGAAAAGGCGGCCAACGAGGCCUGCGUUCUGGAAGCCAAGACUGAAGCUGAGACGCGCCGCCGUGAAGGAGAAGCUGGAGAGAGAGGACCGUGCGCGCCGUGA